GUAGUGUAAUAUCACCUGUCUGACGGUACAUAUUUCCAUCACCUCCACACUAGUACCUAGUUGACCUCGUGUGACACCAGGGAAGUGUGGGUAGUGUAAUAUCACCUGUCUGACGGUACAUAUACCAUCACCUCCACACUAGUACCUAGUUGACCUCGUGUGACACCAGGGAAGUGUGGGUAGUGUAAUAUCACCUGUCUGACGGUACAUAUACCAUCACCUCCACACUAGUACCUAGUUGACCUCGUGUGACACCAGGGAAGUGUGGGCAGUGUAACGCCACCUGUCUGACGAUAAUAUCCAUGGAUUACUACUACAAUGUCUUGUCUGCUCCUUGCCGGGCUGGCAUGUUAACAGCUAAAGCUGUGGAAAUUGAGCUUAACCUGAAGCCUGUUGACCUUUUAGCUGGAAAAGAGCAACUAGCAGAUGUACUAACACUAAACCCUCAACACACACUACCUACUUUAGUUGAUGGUGACUUUGUUCUCUGGGAAAGCUCGCCAAUUUGUACUUAUCUCGCCACCAAGUAUGGAAAGACUGAUUCUUUAUACCCUCGUGACGCAAAGACUUGUGCUACAGUUAAUCGCCUCUUGUAUUUUGACCUUGGCACGUUGUACCGUCGCUUUGGGGACUAUGCAUUUCCGCCCUUGUGCAUGGGUACAGAGGUAGAGCCCCACAAACUGGACCUCCUUCAAGAAGCUCUUCGUUGGCUGAACCAGUUUCUGGCUGGUCAUGAGUGGGCUGUCGGUAACAAUAUCACCGUUGCAGACAUUGUCCUCGUAGCUACAGUGUCUACCAUUGAAGCAGCCGGGGUUGAUCUUUCUAUGCAUGAUAAUGUAGUAUCAUGGCUUGAGAGGUGCAAGUCGACACUGCCAGGCUACACUGAGGUCAACCAACCUGGUGUCGAAGAAUUUGCAAAAACGGCUGAAGACAAACUGAAGAAGCUUUAAAUUUAAUGUGCCAUGUUUCCUAAACUUCUACUAGUUUAAUUACUAAACACGAGAGUAAAACCACAACUUAAAUAGCAUAGUGAAACCCUUCUAUUGCAGUUUGCUUGCGCACUGAAAACUUGUAACGUGCCAAGUAAACUGAGUACUAAACUUGAAUAAAUUACUAGCAAAG